AUGCAUACAUACAUUUAUAUUUACAUAUUAGUUCCACUUAUGGUUACUUCUAUAUCUGCGGAAGAAUUUCAACGUUUUCAAUCUCAAUUACUUGAUUUACGUGAAGCACAAAUUACAGCAAAUGAUGCAAAACUACGUGCAGAGAAACGUAUUAAACAAUUAGAAGAAGAAUUAAUUUAUACACAAUCAGCAUUAACUAAUGCUCAAACUACAUUUUCUGAUCAUAAUUCAUUAUUUGAAGAAUUAAAACAAGAGAAUAAAUUAUUACGUGAUAAAUUAUUUAAUACUGAAUCAUCAUUUCAAUUACAAUCAUCUACAUUACGAGCUGAAUGUUAUCGGUUAACUAAUGAAUUAGAUAAAUUAUCACAACAAUUAUCAUCCAAUCAUACAGAUACUACUAAUACUAAUAAUAGUAGUAGUAGUAGUCGACAAGAUGAUUUUUGUCAAACAAUGAUCAUUAACUUACAACAUCAAUCAAUUCAAACGAGUAAUGAUCCAAAUUGUGAAUUGAAUCAAAUUCCCGCAUUUUUAAUGAAUGAUAUAGAAAAUCUUACAAAUUCAUUAAAACAAGCUAAUUACACUCAUGAUCAAUUAAAACAAACCAUUGAACAAUUGAAUAAUCAAGUUGAUACCAUUGAAAAUCAAUUAUCAUUCGAUGUAUUCAAUGCUCAACAAACCAUUAAAAAAUUAACUCAAGAAAAUAAAUCUCUUUUAAUAAAAUUAAAUAAAUCUCAAGAGAAAUGUCAUGAAUUGAAUAUUAUUGAAAGUGAAUUACGUAAUCAAAUAGAUGUGAUAAAACGUCGUAGUGAAAAAUUGAAUCAUGAAUUAAGACGUCAAUUAAGUCGAUUUAUACGUAAUCAACAUAAUGGUGAUAUUGAUAUAUCUAUACAACAAUUAAGAAAGAAUUCAUUACAUUCAUCAUCAUCUUCAUUAACUAGUAGUAAUAUAAUCUUAGGAAAUUCAACAUCUGAUGGAAUAUCUAAUGAAAUGAUGAAUGAUUCAAUGAUGAUGAAUAAUAAAUUAUCAAAUGUAUCUAUGUCGAAAAAUACUAGUUUUCAUGAAAUGCCUCCAGGAUUUUUUUCAACAGCUGACUUUAAAGCUAUAAUCGAUCGAAUGUCAGAAGUCCAAGAAGAAAAUUGUACUCUUCGAAGAUGUAAAAAACGUUUGGAAGCAGAUUUAAUGGCUAAAAGCAAAGUUAUACAAAAGGGAUUAGAUAAUUACCUUCAGUCUCCAUUAAUUUAUCAUGGUAACAAUGACACUGUCACUGCUACUACUACUACUACUUCAAUACCAACUUCAGCAGUAUCCUCAAGUCAGUAUCGAUCAGUUCCGUCAAGUAUUUCACCGUAUACAUCUGCAACUACUCCAUCUUCAUCAAAUUUCCCUAAUUCAACGACAUGGUUUCCAUUCUUGAGAAAUCUCACUUCAACAUCGGACUCAUCAACACUGACAUCAGCGUCAACAUCAUUAUCCAGUGUGAAUUUACAAACAGUUAAUCGAUUGAAAUUCAUGUGUGAACAAUUAAUGACAGAGAAUAUUGAAUUAAAAGAGAAAUUACAAAGUAUACCAUAAUCAAUUUUGUCCUGAUCCCGAUAGAUAAAUAAGAUUGUGUAUGUGUGAUUGUUUGUAUGUAUAGAUAAGUGUUCUUUACUUCAACCUACUAUUUGUAUCAUUUUUAUUGAAGAAACUUUUAUUCCAUUCCAGUGUUGUUGUUGUGUGUGUGUUCAUUUACUUUUCGGUGCUGUUCGAUUUUUAGAGUUUGUUUCUUUUCUCUCUAUUACUUUCUUGUUGUUCAGAUCUCAUCAUUUGUUUAUUGUUUCUAUAAUGAAAAACACA